AUGGUGGCGCGAAACUUUUCAGUUCAGGAAAUCCCCUAUUCGCGACUUUUGCAAAUUCCCGACGACGACCGCGAUUUUAUCACACUUGAAGAGUUAAAACCGGUCAUUGACCAGCAACAAUACCAACAAUCGACUUAUUAUGAAUUAUCAAAUAUCUCUGAUAACCCAUGCACCUCGAAUCUCUCCUACCAAGAUAACGGAAAGACCAUGAUGGAACUUGACAGUACCAUCGCCCCGACUAGUCGAAAACGGAAAAUAUCUUACCACGAAACCAGCGAUCCAGACGACGACAAUGGCGAAGACGUGAAAUCAGUAAAAACAAACGAUGAGAAUAAAAAACAAAAUCACAGUGAAAUAGAAAAGCGACGACGGGACAAAAUGAACACUUACAUCACUGAACUUUCUGCAAUGAUUCCAAUGUGUCACGCAAUGUCGCGAAAAUUGGAUAAAUUGACAGUUCUUAGGAUGGCCGUUCAACACUUGAAAACAAUAAGAGGAGCUGUGCAUUCGUACACAGAGGGGCACUACAAACCCUCGUUUUUAUCCGAUCAGGAACUAAAACACUUAAUUCUACAGGCUGCUGAUGGCUUUCUCUUCGUGGUCGGUUGUGACCGUGGCCGAAUCCUUUACGUUUCAGAGUCGGUAUCAAAAGUAUUAAAUUUCUCACAAGGUGAUCUUUUGGGUCAAAGUUUAUUCGAUAUCCUGCACCCCAAAGACGUGGCCAAAGCCAAAGAACAAUUAUCCUCAUCGGACCUGAAUCCACGAGAAAGACUGAUAGACGCAAAAACAAUGUUACCAGUGAAAGCCGAUGUGCCUCAAGGCGGAUCUCGAUUAUGUCCCGGCGCCAGACGCUCAUUUUUCUGUAGAAUGAAAUGCAAAGUUUCUUCCCAAGUGAAAGAAGAAGCUGAUACCACCACCGGCUGUCACAAACGUAAAAAGCAACAAAAUUCAGACAAAAGAUACAAUGUUAUUCACUGUACCGGGUAUUUAAAAUCAUGGACACCGGCAAAAAUCGGGUUAGAGGACCAAGAAAAUGAUGGGGAAAAUGAGUCUUGCAAUCUUUCGUGUUUAGUUGCAGUUGGUAGGGUUUUACCCCAUAUUUCCACCGUCGCUGCUGCUUCACAAAGCAGGCCAAAUGUGCAACCCAUUCAGUUUGUUUCCAGGCACACAUUAGACGGAAAAUUUCUUUAUGUCGAUCAGAGAGCCACCCUCGUCUUGGGUUUCCUCCAACAAGAACUCCUGGGUUCAAGCAUGUACGAAUAUUACCACCACGACGACAUCACUUCUGUCGCCGAAUGCCACAAAAGUGCCCUCCAAAAUUCCGAAUGCACCACAACCAAAAUCUACAGAUUUCGAACCAAAGAUGGAGGCUUUGUGAAAUUACAAAGCGAAUGGAAAUCUUUUAAAAAUCCUUGGACGAAAGAAUUCGAGUAUCUCAUAGCCAAAAACACGCUAGUUUUAACCGAUUUUCGCACGGUGGAAAGCAGCGCUAGUAGACCCGAUGGAAUGCAAGAAAAUCUCGAUUUUCUCACACAAUCUGAUGGUAAAAAUAUCCAAAGAUUGAUCAACACUCAUGUGGAAGCUAGCAAAAUCGGGCGACAAAUCGCCGAACAAGUGAUGGAUUCGCAGAGACGAGGAGGGGAGCUUUCUUCCGGGAGCAGCCCGGAUUCUGAAGCCGAAUCAACGGUACCAAUCUCCAGUGCAGAAAGCCAUAUUUCGACAAGUGUUCAACCCGAAUCAAACUCAAUCUUGCACGAUUUUUCACAGUCGCCUCACACAUAUCAUGUCCGAAACAACCUCCCUUUAUCAAGUGUCGCCAAUGAACAAGUACGAAAUACGGAUGAAGGAAUCAUCGAAAUAAUGGAAGAUGCUGUGAGGGAAUCACCCAGUAAUGAGCCAGUUUCUGAGGGAAAUGAUGAAGCUGCAAUGGCGGUCAUAAUGAGUUUGUUGGAGGCUGAUGCGGGUUUAGGGGGGCCGGUGGAUUUUUCGGGGCUGCCGUGGCCGCUACCUUGACUACAAGAUUAAAUAUAUCACGUCUAAUGGAUUGUAAUUUUAAAUGUACAAAUUAUUUAAUAAAUAUGUGAUGGUG